AUGGAAGCUUGUCACCCUGCACUGCAAUUCAAUGUCACUUCCUAUGGAGCCACAAUUCUGGCCAUCAUCACCCUGGAGGUGUUUGUGGGCAUGUGGAUAAAUGCUUUCAUCGUUUGUGUGCUUUGCAUUGCCUGGGUCAAAAAGAAAAUCCUGAACUCUAAUGAGAAGAUCUUGCUGCUGCUGGGAUGCUCCAGGAUUUCUUAUUUGUGCAUCUUAUGGGUAUACCACUUCCUUUCAAAAAUUUAUCCCAACUAUCUUCAUGUUCACAAUAUAUUUCAACUACUUGCAACUUUUGCAACCUUUUUUAAUUAUUCCAACUUGUGGGUCUCAGCCUGUCUUUGUGGUUUCUACUGCAUAAAAAUUGCCAAUUUCAGGAACAGCUUCUUCAUCUACCUGAAAGUAAAAAUUGACAGGAUGGUGCCCUGGCUCUUGUUGGGGUCAGAGGUUUUAGCCCUGGCUAUGGGCAUUGUUAUCUGUGCCCUCGUGGAAACUGCGCAGAGUAGCAACAUCACUUUAACUAGCCAAGAAAACUUUUGGGAAGCAAGAAUCACAAUGGAUACAUUUUUCUCAUCUUUUUUUCUCACUGGCUUUGGAUAUGCUGCCUCAUUCACGGCAGUCUUCUUUGCUGCUGUUUUCCUUCUCUUUUCUCUCUGGAGACACAAGCACACCAUGCAGACCAGCUCCAUGAAGGACCUCAGCAUGGAUGCCCACAUCAGAGCCAUGAAAUCUGUCCUCUCCUUCUUAGUGAUGUACAGCAUCAACUUUCUAUGUUUGGUCUUGACAAUAAUUUAUGCCAUGAAGAAAGAAAAUACCAUGACACUCCUUAUAUCCAUAUAUUUGUAUGCUUUUCCAGGUAUUCAUUCCCUUAUUCUGAUUUUCAGUAAUCCCAAGCUGAAAAAGGCACUACUGAAGAUUCUCUCCUGUGUGAAGUGUGAGUUUUUCAUCAAGUAG